GUCCUGCUGGUAAAGCGCAGCGCAACAUCCCGAGUGGCACCUGGGUGCUGGGCAAGGCCAGGCGGUGCGGUAGAGUUCAAGGAGUCCAACGAGGCGGCCCUAACGCGCGAGCUGAGGGAAGAGACGGGCCUGGAGAUAGUCGACCCGCAGCUCCUUGAUGUGUCGUCACAGAUCUCUUCUUCCAGCCAUUGGAUCUCUAUAGGCUACGUUGCGCAGCUCGCGCCGGGCUGCCUGGCGGAGUCGGCGGUGAACCGCGAGCCCGCAAAGCAUGAUGAGCUGGCUUUCUUUGACCUGGAGGAGUUACCCGCGCCCAUUGCAGACUUCACUGCCUCGGCGCUGGAGUGUCUGAGGGCGAAACGCCGGCGCAAGGGGGAUGCGCCUUGA